UUUUAACUUCCCAGCUGCCUAUCUCAUCACAAAGGGGAAGUAGAUAAAACAAGAGAAAUUCUACUCUGAUCGAAGACUUGAGACGUGGUCAAAAAUUCGGAGAGAGAUGGGCGGAUCUUGGAUCUGGCUGGCAACCCUAACCCUAGCUUUCUUUGCAGCGGCUUCCUUCGCCGAGGACGAUGUUGUCGUUCUGACGGAAGCCAACUUCGACAAGGAGGUGGGCCAGGAUCGCGGCGCCCUCGUUGAGUUCUACGCUCCAUGGUGUGGGCACUGUAAGAAGCUUGCUCCUGAGUACGAGACACUUGGUUCUAGUUUUAAAAAAGCUAAAUCUGUGCUUAUUGCAAAGGUUGACUGUGAUGACCAGAAAAGCUUGUGCAGCAAAUAUGGGGUUCAAGGUUACCCAACCCUCCAAUGGUUUCCAAAAGGUUCUUUGGAGCCAAAAAAGUAUGAAGGCCCUAGGACAGCGGAAGCUCUUAUUGAAUUUGUUAACAAUGAAGGAGGAACUAAUGUGAAGAUAGCAAGUGUUCCUUCAAGUGUCGUGAUACUUACUCCUGAGAACUUUGAUCAGGUUGUCCACGAUUCAAACAAAGAUGUCCUUGUGGAGUUCUAUGCACCUUGGUGUGGUCACUGUAAAAUGCUUGCUCCUAUUUAUGAGAAACUGGCCAAUGUCUACAAAUUGGACGAAGAUGUUGUCAUAGCUAAUUUAGAUGCUGACAAGUACAAAGAUUUGGCUGAAAAGUUCGGAGUUACUGGCUAUCCUACCCUGAAGUUCUUUCCCAAGACGAACAAAGCUGGUGAAGACUACGAUGGUGGCCGCGACUUGGAUGCUUUUGUUAGUUUUAUCAAUGAGAAGAGUGGCGCAAGCCGUGAUACAACGGGACAACUAACUUCUCAGGCUGGUAUUGUGGCAACUAUAGAUUCGUUAGUGAAGGAACUCAUCAGUGUUGCCAACGAUGAGCGGAAGGCAGUGCUCUCAAAAAUAGAAGAGGAAGUUGAGAAAUUAGAGGGAUCCUCUGUAAGGUACGGAAAGGUCUACCUGAAGGCCGCCAAGAGUUACAUUGACAAAGAUUCGGAAUAUGCUAACAAGGAAAUUGAGCGGCUCCAGCGCAUGUUGGAGAAGUCGAUCAGUCCGGCCAAGGCGGAUGAAUUUAUUAUCAAGAAGAACAUUCUUUCAACUUUUGUUGCUUGAAUAUUAAGCAGAUUUUGAACUGGACCUGGAGUUUAUUUACGUCUAAUAACUUUUAUUAGAAUUUCAAGUUUUGGCUGAGCUUUAAUACCUUUUUUUAUUUUUAUUAUUUUUUAAAUUUUCUCCAACGGUUAGGAUUCUGACCGGGACUGUACUUUUGUGAUGACCGUAUGAUCACAAAUUACGUAACAUUACAAAUUUAUUUGCUUUGGAAUAAUUUUGUAGACUUUUUUUUU